CCGCCAUUACAGAGAGCCGAGCUCUGGAGCCUCAGCGAGCGGAGGAGGAGGCGCAGCGGCUGACGGCCGAGUACUGCGGUGAGAGCCAGCGGGCCAGCGCCAGCCUCAACAGCCGCCAGAAGUACACGAGGAACCGGCGGCGGCGUGUGCGUGUGGCCCGUGUGCGGGCGGCGGCGCGGGAGCAGCGCGGAGCGGCAGCCGGCUGGGGCGGGUGGCAUCAUGGACGAGAAGGUGUUCACCAAGGAGCUGGACCAGUGGAUCGAGCAGCUGAACGAGUGCAAGCAGCUGUCCGAGUCCCAGGUCAAGAGCCUCUGCGAGAAGGCUAAAGAAAUCCUGACAAAAGAAUCCAACGUGCAAGAGGUUCGAUGUCCAGUUACUGUCUGUGGAGAUGUGCAUGGGCAAUUUCAUGAUCUCAUGGAACUGUUUAGAAUUGGUGGCAAAUCACCAGAUACAAAUUACUUGUUUAUGGGAGAUUACGUUGACAGAGGAUAUUAUUCAGUUGAAACAGUUACACUGCUUGUAGCUCUUAAGGUUCGUUACCGUGAACGCAUCACCAUUCUUCGAGGGAAUCAUGAGAGCAGACAGAUCACACAAGUUUAUGGUUUCUAUGAUGAGUGUUUAAGAAAAUACGGAAAUGCAAAUGUUUGGAAAUAUUUUACAGAUCUUUUUGACUAUCUUCCUCUCACUGCCUUGGUGGAUGGGCAGAUCUUUUGUCUACAUGGUGGUCUCUCGCCAUCUAUAGAUACACUGGAUCAUAUCAGAGCCCUUGAUCGCCUACAAGAAGUUCCCCAUGAGGGUCCAAUGUGUGACUUGCUGUGGUCAGAUCCAGAUGACCGUGGUGGUUGGGGUAUAUCUCCUCGAGGAGCUGGUUACACCUUUGGGCAAGAUAUUUCUGAGACAUUUAAUCAUGCCAAUGGCCUCACGUUGGUGUCUAGAGCUCACCAGCUAGUGAUGGAGGGAUAUAACUGGUGCCAUGACCGGAAUGUAGUAACGAUUUUCAGUGCUCCAAACUAUUGUUAUCGUUGUGGUAACCAAGCUGCAAUCAUGGAACUUGACGAUACUCUAAAAUACUCUUUCUUGCAGUUUGACCCAGCACCUCGUAGAGGCGAGCCACAUGUUACUCGUCGUACCCCAGACUACUUCCUGUAAUGAAAUUUUAAACUUGUACAGUAUUGCCAUGAACCAUAUAUCGACCUAAUGGAAAUGGGAAGAGCAACAGUAACUCCAAAGUGUCAGAAAAUAGUUAACAUUCAAAAAACUUGUUUUCACAUGGACCAAAAGAUGUGCCAUAUAAACAUACAAAGCCUCUUGUCAUCAACAGCCGUGACCACUUUAGAAUGAAACAGUUCAUUGCAUGCUGAAGCGACAUUGUUGGUCAAGAAACCAGUUUCUGGCAUAGCGCUAUUUGUAGUUACUUUUGCUUUCUCUGAGAGACUGCAGAUAAUAAGAUGUAAACAUUAACACCUCGUGAAUACAAUUUAACUUCCAUUUAGCUAUAGCUUUACUCAGCAUGACUGUAGAUAAGGAUAGCAGCAAACAAUCAUUGGAGCUUAAUGAACAUUUUUAAAAAUAAGUACCAAGGCCUCCCUUCUACUUGUGAGUUUUGAAAUCAUUCUUUUUAUUUUCAGGGAUACCGUUUAAUUUAAUUAUAUGAUUUGUCUGCACUCAGUUUAUUCCCUACUCAAAUCUCAGCCCCAUGUUGUUCUUUGUUCUUGUCAGAACCUGGUGAGUUGUUUUGAACAGAACUGUUUUUUCCCCUUCCUGUAAGACGAUGUGACUGCACAAGAGCACUGCAGUGUUUUUCAUAAUAAACUUGUGAACUAAGAACUGAGAAGGUCAAAUUUUAAUUGUAUCAAUGGGCAAGACUGGUGCUGUUUAUUAAAAAAGUUAAAUCGAGUAAAUUUUAGAAUUUGUAGACAUGUAGAUAAAAUAAAAAUCAAGGGCACUACAUAACCUCUCUGGUAACUCCUUGACAUUCUUCAGAUUAACUUCAGGAUUUAUUUGUAUUUCACAUAUUACAAUUUGUCACAUUGUUGGUGUGCACCUUGUGGGUUCUUCCUGCAUAUUAACUUGUUCGUGAGAAAGGAAAUCUGUGCUGCUUCAGUAAGACUUAAUUGUAAAACCAUAUAACUUGAGAUUUAAGUCUUUGGGUUUUGUUUUAAUAAAACAGCAUGUUUUCAGGUAGAGCUUAAACUAAA